AUGACUGCAGCUCCUGUCAAGUCGUGGCAAGAUUUGAAAGCGGCCAAGAAAGCCGAGCAGGAUGCUCGCAUACCUGAGGAAUGGAGACUGAAGGCAGCAGACUUCCCUAGCCAAGAUGUAGCUGACCUGAGGUCUAUUGCUCAGACAUGCGGCAUCCUUUCAGAAGAUGAACUGGAGAUCACCGGAGACAGGUACGAUGCUACCUCGUUGGCCACUGCCAUCGCCGACGGCAAGUACAGCGCCGUGGAGGUAGUGACGGCUUUUUGCAAGAGGGCGGCCGUGGGCCACCAGCUCUGCAACAUGUUGACCGAAAUCAUGUUUGCAGACGCAAUCGAACAAGCCAAGAAGCUCGAUGAGAUAUUCAAGAGCACUGGCAAGCCCGUCGGGCCCCUACAUGGAGUGCCUAUGACGUUCAAGGAGUGCUUCCACUUCAAGGGCUACGAUUCCACGAACGGGUACCUAUCUCGGGUCUUCCAACCUGCCACAACCACCACGCCUCUAGCUCAACUGAUGCAAGCUGCUGGGGCGGUCAUCAUUUCGAAGACCAACGUUCCUCAGACGAUGUUAGUCGCAGAAGCUGACAAUAAUGUGUUUGGGCAAACCAGGAACCCCGUGAAUUGCAACCUGACCUGCGGUGGAAGCAGUGGUGGCGAAGGAGCAGUGCAAGCGUUUCGUGGUAGUGCGUUGGGCGUCGGAACCGACGUUGGCGGCUCCGUGAGGAUCCCAGCUGCCGCUAAUGGUGUAUAUGGGUACAAGCCGAGCUUUGGUAUAAUCCCGAUGAUCGGGUAUUCCUAUUCUGGGUGGACAGGCAGCAAUACUGGCAUCCCAGCAGUAACUGGUCCGCUGGGUCAUUCAGUGCGCGAUUUAGCUCUCUUCACUCGGAUAGUGAGAGAGUCGCACCCAUGGCGCUUUGACCCUUCGGUCAUUGCAAACAUCAUGGAGAUUGAGGUAUCCUCGCGGAAGCCUGUGGUUGGUGUUCUAUACCAGUCUGGACUAACGCCACAUCCACCGAUUCGUCGAGGCUUGCAAGAAGCCGUCGAGAAACUCAAGAGUGCGGGCUUUGACGUUCGGGAAUUCACCGCGCCCAACUUUCUGGACAUACGUGAAAUUACCGAGCAACUGUUUACCCUCGACGGCCUCUCGUACCCAAAGCAGGAGCUCCAGAAAACGGGAGAACCCGUGGUAAAUUCCGUCCAACAGAUUGGCUUUUGGGACAUCCCUAGAAAGACACAAGAGGAAGCUUGGGCUUGGAACACUAAGAAGCUGGCCAUCCAGAAACAAAUGCUAGAUGAGUGGCAGCGCGUUGGCUGUGAUGUAGUCCUUGCGCCUGCCGGUCCGCAUACAGCUGUGAGGCCAGGCGAUUGGACGAGUGACAUCUAUACCGUAGCUUGGAAUGCGGUUGAUUACCCUGCCGUCAUUAUACCGACCUCUCACGUCGAUCCAUCGAAGGAUCCGCUCGAUGGAGAGUUCAGAGCCAUGCACGACGCGGACGCAGAGAAUCAAGCCACGUAUGACCCGGAGCUAUUCAAGGGUGCUCCUAUCGCCUUACAGAUUGUUGGGCCUAGGCUAGCCGAUGCGCAACUCUUGAAAGACGCCGACAUGAUUGAUAAAGUGAUUAAUUGUCAUUGA